AUGGACUCAUCUAAACGCAAGCGGGCUCGGAAAGCAUGUCAACCGUGCCACGAGCGUAAACGGAAGUGCGAUGGAGGCGAACCCUGCACCACCUGCAUUGAAUGGGACUAUGAAUGCUACUACGAGGAUCGACCACAAAGGAAGUCUAGAGCAAUUAGACAACCAUCGCUGCGAUCUCAAACAGCGAGGUCCUCGCAGCAAUCGACUCUCGACCCUAGUCCUGUAGAAUCAGAUCACUUUGGACUCGUCCGGCGCAUGGAGGCCAAUUCAGGAGCGGCAUUUGUAAGAAAGCUUGGUCUCAAAAUCGAUCCGGCAAAGGCACCCAAGCUGAACCUUUUCGGAUGGAAUAUCGGUACAAGACAACUUUCCUCUGAAUUGAGUGCCGGUCCUGCACUGGCCAUUUUUGAAAUCACCUCGUGGGAACACUUCAAAGCCUUGGCGCAAGUGUAUUUUGAGAAAGUGGAUCCUUGCUAUGGAUUCAUCGAACAGUCUCACUUUUUCGAGCGGCUCAAUGCACGCUGGCAAACAUCUCCGAGCCCCGAGGUGUACGACAGCGUCAUAUGCGGUAUAGCGGCAAUUGGCUGUUUGUUCUCGCAACGGAAUGCCACGAUCACAGAGCUGCAUCUCAUUCGUACGGCUAAAUCCUGUUUGGAAAUGCACCACCUCACUGCUCCCCCUUGUCUAGAUCUUCUUACGGGAUGGACACUUCGAUCAAUGUACCUUCGAAUGACAGAUUCUCCGCAUUCAACAUGGAUGGCCAGCUCUACAUUGAUGCAUCUCAUUGAAGCGUCAGGCCUUCACCCAGAGAAACAAUAUGAUUCUGUUCUUCCACUCCCGCUCGAGUGUGAUCAACGUGCACAGCCUGACAUUCACAGAAGACUUGUGGGUGUGGCAUAUCACUUGAAUUUGUGGAGCUCUUAUGACCUUGGGCUUUCUCGGGUGUUGUUUCGCACAGACGAUUUGCCAUUGCCCCCUUCACCCAAGUUGGGCGAUUACACAGGCGAAGUUCUUGGUCUCUUACCGAUAUCAGUCUGCAUGGAUCCAGGAAAGACGAAAGAUGAGACUGAUCUCGAGCCCACACUCUCCAAGCUUUUGGAAAGCAGCCAUACUCAACCUCCAUCAGUCAUGGCGCAGUGCAAUUUGGUACUUUGCAUUCUUCGACGAAUUCACACCCAAAACCUCGACCUAUCUCCUAAGCUCGCGGAAAAGACCUUGGCGCUACUGAAAAAGGCACUCGGUUGUGCAAGGAGCAUGGUCUUAGAUUGUUCACCAUGGCACCAGGUUGCAAAUGUACCGUUUCAAAUCACCUGUGUCCUGCUUGUGAUGGAUACAAGGUCAUCGCUUGCGAUGCUCCCCGAAGCAAUGCAGACACUUAACUUGGUUGCAACUACCUACAACACAGAGACUAUGAGAGAGGCCUGCAGUGCAGCUUAUCUGCUAGUCUUGCUACAUCAGCAGCGUCGAAAGGACGAUGUUGCUAUCUUCGGCGAGGCGCUCCACAACCACCAGAGAGAACAAUCUGUGGAUUUCUCCCAACAAUUCAAUCCUAGUACCGAAGAAUACAACUGGCUGGGGGCAUUAGUCGCUGAUUUACCCGGAUUACAGCGAGUCGAUCUAGAUCAGUUCUUGAAUGCUGAUAUGAUGGACGGUUCUCUUAUAGAUGGGUCUGGAGGGAAUUUUCGUUCCGAAGGUCGCUAA